AUGGCACUUGCCAAGCUGCGUGGAAAGAAGCUUGGCCGCGUCAUCGGCAUCAUCGGUGCCGUAGGCUUCAUUUUGCAGGGCUACGACCAAGCUGUCGCCAACGGACUGCUGACUUUGGCUUCAUUUAUUGCGGUGUUUCCGCAGAUUGAUACACUUAAUACCAGCGGAGCACAAAAAUCGCACAACUCGACGAUUCAAGGAACCACGGUCGCGAUCUACGAAGUUGGAUGUGCUCUUGGUGCAUUUUCAUGUGGUUUUCUAGGUGAUCGACUCGGUCGGCGAAGGACUAUAUUUCUAGCAGGAUGUAUCGCACUGGUCGGAAUUAUCAUCCAAGCGACACCUUUUUCUCUAGGCCAGCUUAUUGCGGGUAGAGUUAUCACUGGUCUGGGUGUUGGUGGCUUCACAGCGACAAUUCCCAUGUACGUAUCCGAAUCCUCCGAUGCCGAAGCUCGUGGACGGAUGGUUUUGCUGCAAGGCUGGUUUGCAAUUGGAGGUGUUGCCUUUGCUACAUGGUUAGAGUUUGGUCUAUACUACGCGGGCACCAACUCCGCCAGCUGGCGAUUCCCGAUUGCCUUCCAGGCCAUCUUUGCUCUUUUCGUCGUCUCUUGCAUCUUAUUCAUGCCCGAGUCCCCACGUUGGCUUGCGAAGGUAGGCCGGAUCGAGGAAGCGGCGGAGGUUCUCGCACGCCUGGAAGAUGUGUCUGUCGACUCCGAACAUGUCGCGCAGGAACUGGAAAUCAUUCGGCAAUCACUUGCUGAGAACGAACAAGAUGAGGGCUCGGCUUCAUCCUCUCCUUUCGCGCGCACCAAGAACCGUCAUCUACACCGCACCGUACUUGCCAUCGGAGUCAACAUCCUGGCCCAGAUGACGGGUGUCAACAUUAUUACUUUCUACUCCGACACCAUUUUGGAAACCAACCUCCACUACUCAGGCACCAUCGCCCGCAUCGUCUCAGGAUGCCUACAAAUCUGGCAAUUCUUCGCCGCUGGCCUAGCUGUCCUCCUAAUCGACCGCUUCGGUCGGCGUCCCCUCCUAAUUACUGCCGCCAUUGGCAUGACGAUCGCACAAACCUGUCUCGCAGGCCUGUCCAGUGACCUUGGCAACACAGGUGCAGCUGGUGCAUCAAUCGCCUUCUACUUCGUCGCGCUGUUCUGUUUUCCCAUUGGCUUGUUCUUGGUGCCCUUCAUGUACGCUGCAGAGAUCGCUCCGCUACGUACCCGUGCAAAAGUCACCGCUAUGUCGGCAGCUUCGAACUGGAUUUUCAGCUUUGUCCUCGCCGAGGUCUCGCCCACUGGGUUCGCCAAUAUUGGAUACAAGUAUUAUAUCGUGUAUGCCUGUAUCAGUGCCUUUGGUCUCGCUUUCUUCUACUUCUUUUGCCCGGAGACUAAAGGACGCACACUGGAGGAGAUUGACGAGAUCUUUGUAAACUCCAAAUCUUUCUUUGAUACUGUUCAAGUCGCGAAGGAGAUGCCAUACCAGACUGAGCUUCUUGCUCAUGCCGAAGAUACGGAGAAAAUGGGGAUGGAGGCUGAGCGAAUCGAAAAUGUGGCCAUUGAGAAGCCUUGA